AUGGCGUCGCCUGGCUCCAGCCAUCUAAAGAUGCUUUCGCCACUUAUUGACUUGACCACCGACGGCGUUACUGACGGUCCCAUGAGAGGCCAAUCUUCCCAGAGAACAAGGUCGUCAGGCCCUAUCUGGCUUCCAAAGCUUGAAGGGGUUGACUGGGAUGCCAAAGAAGAGGAGCAUAGGCGGACUAGAGCCAAGACGGUGGUAGGACAUGCACUGGACAAUUCGAAAUUCAAAAAGUCCGAGUCGUCAUGGGAAGUCGAUGCCUGGUCAGAUGUGUUCAGUCAAAUGAGGGACGACCCAAUUAUAGCAGCAGACAAACGUGAAUACCGCGAGACUCGUAUUCAUAGGAUCAAAGGGAAACCUACUUUUAUCAGGUGUGUUCCUGACGCUACCUUUGGUCUGUCCACCUUUAGCGAGAAUAGGAAACUCGAUUAUAAGUGCUACAACAAUGACAGAUAUCCUUUCAUCGAAGUAAGCGACUACGACAAAGACUUCGCCACACGCGAACUUGACAAAACUCGCCUUGAAGCGUUGGCUAUACACCGCAAAUGCGGCCUGUUGGCUGACCCGAGUUGGGGGGAAGCAGACCUCGUGUUCCCAUUUGCAGUUUACGAGGCCAAAUCUUCCAAUGCGACAUGUGGACAGGCGGAUUUCCAAGUCGAAAAGGCAACACUGGUCUACCUGAGAAUGCUCGACCACCUGGCCCGCAAACCAGGCGCUAAAGCACUCCACGAGGAGAACUUGUAUCAGACGUUGGACAGCGGUAGCUUUCAGACUUUUACCCUCACCUCCAUCGGACCGGAGUGGUCUGUCAUGGUCGGGUAUCGACGGGCUCUCCGACCGCAAGACUCAAAUGUUCCGAACUGGCUCAGAACAGGGAGAGGCAACGAUGUAUAUAGGAUUGAUGCAAUAUGGAACGGCAAAGUAACGAAUGAGCGCAAAGCCUGGGAGCUCCUCUCCAUUGUCGACCAGAUCCACCAUUGGGCCAUCACCAAGCACCGCGACUUUGUGAUCCGACACGUCAGGGAGUGGCACGAAUUUUGCGAAGAGUGCCACAGGCAAGACGCCAUAAAGUUAUGGCUAUCGUCGGGCCCGUACAAAAAGCGUCACACGGCUGCGGCGUCGAGGGCGCGCAGGCAGGGCCUCAGAGGACUACGGCUGGCAGAUUGGACGGAAUACCUUGGUUCGGAAGCCCACAACAAGAUCAGAAGAAGAGCAAUCGAGAUUGCCCAAGAUCUUCAACGGGUUUGA